AGAAAUCAAGUGAAAAAAAUAUAUGGGUAACUGUUCUCAUAUGAUGGGCUCCUUGGCCUUAGGCUUAAGUUGUUUGAUUAUUAUGUAUGGCAUGGCGGUUGGCGCGGAUCAACGGCGGCUCCUGGGUGAGACCGCGUACGACAUCACGAAAUACGGCGCCAAGGGCGAUGGCAAAACCGAUGACGCAAUGUCUUUUAUUCAGGCAUUUAGGGCAGGAUGCGAAAGCAAAACACCGGCGAAGAUUGUGGUCCCACCAGGGACAUUCAUGAUGGGGGAGGUGAUCCUGAGUGGCAAGUGCACGGCGCCACCGCCACUGAUCGUUGACAUUCAAGGUACCAUCAUGGCCAAUCCCGACCCGAGUUCCUACUCCAACAAGAUGUGGAUCUUGGUCGAGCACGUCGACAACAUCAAGAUCGGUGGAGGAGGCACUCUCAAUGCCCAAGGGGCCGGCGUAUGGAAGUUUGCCGGAGAAUCCAACCAUUUGCCUGUCAGCUUCACGUUCCAAUCGUCAUCAAAUGGAGAUAUUAGCAACCUGAAAUUCGUGGACGCAAUGGGGUUCCAUAGCAAGUUGAUCGACAGCGUCAACAUCAAGGUGUCCAAAAUGACUAUCACCGCCCCCGAUGAGAGCCCCAACACGGAUGGAAUCCAUCUGAGCAACGCCACCAACGUCGAGAUCAUCGACUCCGUCAUUGGAACCGGAGACGACUGCAUCUCCAUCGGCACCGGCAGCAAAAACAUCUUAGUCAAAAAUCUCAAAUGUGGCCCUGGACACGGACUCGCAGUGGGGAGUUUGGGGAAGCGCCCCGACGAAAUUAGCGUGGGGAACAUCACCUUCUCGAGCUGCACUCUGACGGGCACAACCAACGGGGCCAGGAUCAAGAGCUACCACAAGUCGCCGGUGCUGUCCGCCACCAACAUCGUCUUCGAAGAUUUGACUAUGAAUAAUGUCAAGAACCCCAUCAUCAUCGAUCAACAUUACUUCUCCAAGACUCAACCCGAGCAAUCAAGCGUAAAGAUUAGCGACGUCCACUUCAGAAGAAUCAAGGGCACGACCACGUCAGAGAUUCCGGUGUUGUUGAACUGCAGCAAAAAGGAGCCAUGCUCAAACAUCGAAUUGGCCGACAUAGACUUGAAACCCACGGGAGAAGCCAAGUCCGUCGCGUCUGCCUGUCAGAGCGCCGUUGGAAUCAAAACUUCCGGCGUCCUCAACCCUCCUGCUCCCAAAUGCUAGCCUUUUACUUCUCAUUUUCUAUUGCAUUUCCUUUGAAUAAAUCACAAGUUUUUUUUUAUUCAUCAACUCUUUAUUUCCUUUUCUAUAUUACUACUACUUAUAAUAUGGAGUAAAUAUGUAAGAGACAAGUUCUCCAAUCAUAAUACAAAUAGCACUUCAUUUUCUCAAAUAUGAUUGCUCAUAUUUUUUUAUGAUA